AUGUCCAUUGAUGAUAAUUUGACUGAUGCGGAAGUGGAACACCUCGUUCAGAUUCAACGAACAGUGCUUCUUGUUUGUAGUAAAGGUUUAUUCCCACCGAUUUGUAUUAUCGGUAUUGUGGCCAAUUUGUUAAAUAUUGUCGUCCUCACCCGGGCUUGGAUGAGUUCGUCCACCAAUAUAUAUUUGACCGCGGUGGCAGUGCUCGAUUUGCUCUAUCUGGUUCUCUCCUUGCUAUUCUCGCUCUGGUUUCAUCCGGAAUUGCAAAUCUACGAAGCGUUCGCCCGAGCGAUUUUGCUCAUUCGAUCCACCGCCAAUCUGUGCAGUAACACAACCACUUGGCUCACAUUGUGCUUCACCAUGGAACGCUUUGUAGCCGUCUCUUAUCCGAUUCUCGGACGCCGAAUAUGUACUCAAAGACGAGCACGAUGUGCCGUCGUGUGUAUUGUGAUGUUCAGUUUCGUCAUUACCCUGCCGGACUAUUUGACUCACAGUGUGAUUCGACCGGAGACUAACACAUCUCAAGUGUACCGGAUUCAAUCAAACCAAAUUGGUGACACUUUGGAUCGAAUUGGUUACCCGUAUAUCAAUCAGACCGUGUUUGUAUUCAUUCCAAUGAUCUUAUUGAUUCUGUUCAACACAUUGUUAAUCCGUUCUGUGCUACAUGCCAGUAAAGGUAGGAAAUCACUGGCUCAACAACCGUCCUCAUUGAGUGGCAAGGCUGGGUCGAAGAUGGCCAAAGUGCAAAAGGAACAUUGCGCACCGUACACCGAUGGGGACAUACAACUGGAUGAUCGACCAGAACCAAAUCCAGUGCUUGUGAAAAGUGCGCUCGAAGCCAGUAUGAAAACAACUCUGGAAUUAGCCUCGGGAAUCUCUCAAUCAUUCGGACAAUCGGCAGGAGCUGGAACCGGCGGUCGAGUGGGACUCAAUGCAUCCACUAGGACACGAAAAUCCAUGCUCGGUGAACAACAUCGAAUCACACUCAUGUUGAUCACCAUAGUAAUUGCUUUUAUCCUAUUGCAACUGCCCAGUACCAUUCCAUUUAUUGGGAUUCGGCUCAUCAAAAAUGCUUCCGGGGCAAGUAGACGAAGAUGGGAAAUGUAUUUUCGAAUCUAUAUUCCAAUAUCCAAUUUGUUGCUUAUACUAAGCGGAGCGAUGAACUUUGUAUUCUACUCAUUAUUCUCCGCCAAAUUCCGUCGCACCUGUUGCAUGCUGCUCCAGCGAUGCAGUUGCUUCCCGGAAAGUGCUCGUCGAUCACGUCUUGGUCUGGGAGGCCAAACCAGCGGUCGAAGUGGCACGGCUAUGGCAGUUGGGUCAACCGAAUACACAAAGAGUAGGCAUUCCAAAGAUGCCGGUGAACAUUGGCAACCAAACACAAUUCACGCCAAUGCGAAACGAAUCACCAAACCUGCAUUGCCUAGCCUGAAGGAAUCCACAGACGAGCCCCGUACCACCGACUGA